AUGAUCGACACCGCCGCCAUGAGCGGAAUCCCGGUAGCCGAGGACAACAUCAUCAACCGGCGCGGUGGAGAAUCCAUCUACCAGAGCUGUGUGAAUCUGAAGCGUCGGCUCUCGGAAGUCCCUAAUUUCGAGCCAUACCUCCAGGAGAUGGCCGAGGAGGAUGAAUCGCGCGGUAACACGGAUCCAGUAUCAUCGCUGUGGCAGUGCCUCCGAAAUGGCUAUCCGUUGUUGAGUAUCUACAAUGCCUCUGGCCCCGAUGAAGAGCUGGUAGUCGAUCCUGCCAAGGUGCCCGAGGCGAAGCGCCCCAAGGCGGCGACUUUCAAGUUUCUCCAGGCUUGCUUGCAGGAUCUGGCUUUCCCUCAGCAGGACUGUUUCCUGAUCACUGAUCUUUAUGGUGAGAGCACCACUGGGUUCAUCAAGGUGAUCAAAAUGGUGAACCGUGUAGUGGAUAUCCUUGAGAUGCAAGGCCAACUGAAGCGGCCGCAAGUGACAGACGCUCCCGUGGGUGCGCAGGGAGCUGUGAAGCUCACCAAGCGGGAGCACAUUCUCAAGGAACUGUUGGAGACCGAGCGCGACUACGUCCACCACUUGCAAAACCUCCAGGCACUGAAGAAGGAAUUGGAGGAGACAGGUGCUUUGACCGGUGAUGUUAGCCAUCAAAUUUUCCUCAACCUGAACAACCUCCUGGACUUUGCCCAGCGAUUCCUGAUUCGGAUGGAACAACAUUAUGCCUUGUCAGAGGAGAUGCAAAACUGGGGCCACCUCUUCUUUUCGCACGAGGAAGCCUUCAAGCAGUACGAACCGUUCAUCGCUAAUCAGAUGCGCUGUGACGAGGUUUGUAUGCAGGAGUGGGAAAAGAUCCGGAGCUCGCCCCGUCAGCCGGAUCUUCUGCAGAUGGUCGCGCAGCAAUCAACUUUGAAUGGAUUCUUCGUUAAGCCUUUCCAGCGGUUAACCAGAUAUCCGCUCAUGCUGUCGGAACUGCGCAAAACAGCCGAAGACCCUCAAAUACAGGCUGAUAUCACCCGCGCCAUCGACUCCAUUCAGACCACGCUGGACUCGGCAAACGACGCCAUUCACAAGGAACAUCUAGCUAAUGCGGUGGUGGAUCUGUCUGAGCGUGUUGAUGAUUGGAAGGCAUUGAAGAUGGACGCGUUCGGAGACCUGCUUCGGUUUGGUACUUUCGCAGUGGUCAAAGGAGACAGUGGCAAGGAUAGUGAGCGAGAGUAUCAUAUCUACUUGUUCGAACGCAUCCUUCUGUGCUGCAAAGACAUCAACCCGAACAAGCAGAAGACCAAACUCAUGAUGAACAAAGACAAACCCUCCCUUAAUGCCAAGGGCAAGGCUCGCCUUCAAUUGAAAGGUCGGAUCUAUAUGGCAAAUGUCACGGACAUUGUCUGCCUGCAGAAGCCUGGUCUCUACCGCAUUCAAAUCUUCUGGAAAGGUGAUCCCGGUGUUGUCGACAACUUCAUCAUUCGUUAUGUGAACGAAGACACCAUGCGGUGCUGGUAUAAGGAUAUUGAUACCCAACGUGCAAUCCAAUCAGAGCGUCGAACACUCCGCAACACUGGCACUUCAGACAGCGACUUUAUUUACAUGGAAGGCAUGACCAAUAUGCCUAACCCAUACCAGCAAGAGGACUAUGAUGAUGUUCCCAAGGAUGGCACUUACCACUCCGAAUUUUCGAUGAGUCGAAAUGCCUCCAGUACCAGCCUGCGAACUCGAUCUGCUACCGGAGGCAGUACUGGUUCUGUACCUCACUCUAAUGGCCGGCCACGCUUCGCUGGGGACCCAGCGCUUUCUGUGCAUACUCAAUUCGCUGGCUCUGGCAACAUGUCUCCUGGCGACCGGAACAUGAACUCGUAUUUCUCACCCACGGAAACCCCAUCCACUCGAUCCAGCUCCCAAUCUGGGUUCUCGUUCGGGCGUCAAAACACCAAUUCGACGACUGCAUCAAGUAUAUGGAAUGAGGAGUCUAAUCGCUACACUGCCCCCGCCCUGUCUCGCGGCACGUCAAGAGACGGUACCACUCCAACCGGGUACUUCCCUCCGCAACCCAACGGACGAGGUGCUCAGCGCCCAUCUCUGCCCCCGCUCUCGGGACCGCAAGCACCAACUUCGAAUGGAACUGCUCAGCGGAUGCGUUCGGCUAGCAGUCCUGACAUUCACCAUCAUAACGGCCCAGAUUCACGACGGUAUAUGGGAGUGCACACUAUGCAGACUAUAGACAAUGUCCCCGUGCCGCCAAUCCCGACGCAUAUGGCCAAUAUGAAGGCACCGGUCAAUCGAAGCAACAAUAAUUCCCCUACGAAUAGCCAGCUUCCUAUUCGCACGAAUCCUCAUCAUGUUCACCCGACGCAUUUCACUGAGCCAGAGUACAACGAUACUCGUACGUCGGGGCAGGUCUCCGACGUGGCGACAUCCCCCUUGAGUCAAGAGCCUGAUGGAGAUUCGUACAUGCCAACUCAACUCAAAGCGAAGGUUAACUUUGAGGACAACUAUGUUACACUGGUGAUUGCCACUAAUAUUUUGUUCCGUUCACUUACGGACCGCGUGGAUGCCAAGCUGGCCCGAUUCACCAACCGAUCCAUCGGCAACAAGACCGUUCGCCUGCGCUAUCGUGACGAGGAUGGAGACUUUAUCACCAUUGACAACGAUGAGGCUGUUCAGCUGGCCUUUAUUGAAUGGCGUGAGCAGCACCGGGACAUGCUUGCCAAGGGCAUGGUGGGUGAGAUUGAGCUGUACUGCCAGGUGGUGGAUUAG